AUGAAGACCACCUCCGCCCUCGCCGCGGCGCUCUUCGCGCUGCGGUCCUUCGCGACCGACCCCCUCACCGCCGACAAGGCCGAGGCCGACAUUCUGACCACGGAACUCGAGCGCAACCUCUGGAACCUGAACAAGAUUGCCAAGGACAACGGCGGCAACCGUGCCUUCGGUCUUCCGGGUUACAAGGCGUCGUCCGACUACAUCCUCGAGCGUGUCCAGGGCCGCUUCCACAAGCAGCUUGACACCAAGAUUCAGUACUUCAACCACACCUUUGCUCAAACUCGUGAGAUCAAGGUCACUGGUCCCGACGCCGAGGAUGUCUACGUCGUAGCCCUUCAGUACAACCACCCGACCUCGCUCCCCGACGGCGACACCGCACCCCUCAUUGACACCCCCGUCGAUGAUGAGCGAGGCUCUGGCUGCUUCGCCGACCAGUGGGAAGGUAUCGAUGCCACCGGCAAGCUCGCGCUCGUCAAGCGCGGUGUCUGCGCCAUCUCGGACAAGCUCAAGCUCGCCAAGGCUGCGGGUGCCGUUGGUGUCAUUCUCUACAACCAGACUCCUGGCACCAACAUCGGCUCUGCCACCUUGAGCGCCGAGAAUCUGGGCCUGCUGGUGCCCGUUGGUCUUAUCCCUCUCGAGGUUGCCACCGCCUGGCAAGAGCGCCUCAAGGCCGGCGAGACCCUCGAGGUCACUCUCCUCGUUGAUGCCGAGUGGGAUGAGCGCGAGACCUGGAACAUCAUCUCCGAGACCAAGGAGGGCGACCCCAACAACGUCAUUGUCCUCGGUGCUCACUUGGACUCUGUCCAGGCUGGACCCGGUGUUAACGACGACGGCUCCGGUACUAGCGCUCUCCUUGAGAUCGCCGGCUCCUUCAAGAAGUACUCGGGCUUCAAGAACAAGGUCCGCUUCAUCUGGUGGGGCGCCGAGGAGAGCGGUCUCGUCGGAUCUCUCUACUACACCGCUCAGCUGUCCGAGGCUGAGGCCGACGCCAUUCGCUUUUACUGGAACUACGAUAUGAUUGGCUCCAUCAAUCCCGUCUACAAUGUCUACCUCGGCGACAACGAGGGUGACAAGUUCGGCGCCCAGCCCAUUCACGACUACAUCGCCGCCCAGGGCAAGCCCGCCGCUUUCGGUGGUUUUGGCAGCAGCUCCGGCGCCGGUGAACCGACCGACCCUUGCUACCACUUGGCUUGCGACACCCUCGACAACAUCAACUGGGACGCCAUCACUAUCAACACCAAGGCCGCUGCCCGUGUUGCCGCUGACUUCGCCAAUGAGCUGCCCGCGGGUCUCCCCCGUCGCAGGAAGACUACGCCUGCCCGCCGCAGCCGUGAGGCUAUCCGCCGCGAGUUCCAGAAGUGGGCUCUCGCUGCUGAGCAGGCUGAGCACGCUAAGAGCUGCUCUCACGGCGAUGACCACGUUGUUUAG